UAUGAUAACAAGUGACUUCAGUAAUGACGUGACGCGAAAUGCACGCAUUAAUGCAAUGAGCAUAUUUUCUGUGUUUUUCAUUAUCACUUCAAUACUAAUACUUCGAGAAAGAGAAUAUUUGAGACGAUUGGACGCUUUUCCUCAUAGUUUUACUUAGUUUUUUUAUCAUCAUCUUUUUGUCGGUGCUUUGAUCGAACACUCUCCUACUCCAACAGCAUUGAACUUUCCUAAGUAUGAGCUGCAACAAGAUAGUUGAUCUGAUGUGUGGUCCUAUAAAGAACUUGGAAGAUCUAUUUUGUUGGCAAGUACCUGAGCUAUCAUGGGCAGAAAAUGUCAUCAACUUAAAAAGCAAAACCUUCUUCAGCUACGCUGGUAAAGAUUGGAGCUGUAAGGAUGUACCGCCAACAAAUGUAUCCAAAUACUACAGUGAAUCAGUACCGAAGACACUGCUUUGUCAUGAUAUGAAAGGUGGUUAUUUGAAUGACAGAUUUGUUAAUGGAGCAGCAUCUUGUGAUGACUACAAAUUCAUUCAUUGGAGUGGAAUCGAUAUUUUUGUUUACUUCAGCCAUGAAUUCAUAACAGUGCCACCUCUUGCGUGGAUCAAUGCUGGUCACCGACAUGGUGUUCCUGUCCUUGGUACACUGAUAACAGAGGGGAAACAAGGUGAAGAUCUGUGGGAAACGGUCCUUGCUAGUGAAGAAAAAGUACAGUCACUUAUCUCAAAGAUGAAUGCCGUUUGCAAUCACUAUCGCUUUGAUGGUUACCUUCUGAACAUAGAAAAUAAGAUCAACCCUGCAAAAAUGACCAGCUUGGUAACUUUUGUUUCUAGACUGAAAAAUUCCCUGGGCACAGAUAAAUUAGUGAUCUGGUAUGACUCCGUCACCCACCCUGAAGGGAAGCUCGACUGGCAAAAUGAGCUAAAUUUUCUAAAUAGAGCAUUUUUUGAAGCUUGCGAUGGAAUUUAUCUCAACUAUGGAUGGAACGAGGACAAACUUAGAGCAAGCAUUUCUCGAGCAGGUGCUAGAGUCACAGACGUUUUUGUUGGAGUUGAUGUCUUCGGGAGAGGCUGCUAUGGUGGAGGAGAGUUCAACUCAGUUGUGGCAGUUGCAAAAGCUCGAGAACUAAAUCUAUCCAUAGCAAUAUUUGCCCCAGCUUGGACGCAUGAGUGUCAAAACGAAUCGUUGGAUUAUGUUCAAAGAGAAAUGAAAUUUUGGGAAAUGUUAUGGCCUUAUUUGUAUCUACAUGGACCAGCGUCCCUGCCUUUUUCAACAUCUUUUUGUCAAGGUGUUGGAAGGAAAACUUUUUUGGAAGGAGAGGCACUCACAGAUUCGCCUUGGUACAACCUGGCAAAACAGGAGUACCAACUUACAAAACCAUCCUGCAUUGAAGACGUUGGUUGCAACCCAGAUAUAAAGAGAUGUUUCCACUACACAAAUCAGUGUGCCUAUAAAGGAGGUUGCUGUUUGCUGUUUGCAAAGCAUACAGGUGUCAACACUUAUCGGCUUUUCAUGUGCGGUUUUGUCAAUGAUGGAACUGUUUCACUUAAAAUGAUCUUCGCUGUCAAGCCGAUAGAUGCAACUAAAAAAAUUGACUACAAUCUGGUUCUCACUGUCAGCGAUUCCUUGGGACCCACUUCGGAGCUCAAAAACAACAGUCGAAGGAGCUCGAGGAGUAAAAAUUUAGUUUUAAGAAACAGUGAAUUCUUAGCAAAUGAAGAGGACUACAGCGCCAUAAUAGUGAAUUCAGAGUCUUUAAAAGUAAUCAACAAUUGGAACAUCAAUCAGUACAGAUUCAACUAUAGAGGAAUCCUGACAGACAUCUCCAUGGUUGUGCCUGAAAAUUGUGAGCCAUUCAUGAUUGGUCUGCUGCAAAUAGAAAAGAACCAGUUCAUCAUUGCUGAUAACUACUUUUGAUCCGACAAUCCAAGGAGUGAACGCUUGCCUGAAGAAACCCCUCUAAUCAGGGUGAGUUAAUCUUUUUGAGGUCAGCUGACUUUCUGGAACACUGGUCUCAGGUGGCCAUUGUCAGGAGAUAUUUGUAAGUUGCAAAGUUACUCUAAGUGCUGUUAUAAAAGCAAUUACAUAUUUGAAUUAGAAAUUCUCAAAGGAGUAUAGAAGGAAGGACCAUGUUAGUGAACCGUUAUUUAUCUCAUGUUCCCUUGGGAGUCAAGUUUGUUUUGUAUAUUAUUUAUCAAAAUAAACUCUAAUUUAUUCAACUAGCCCAUUAAACUUGUGUGGAUCACAUCAAGUCUUUAAAUGCUCUAAAUGCUCAAGGUCAAGAGGUUCAAGUUGAGCAGCUGUGUUCAUAUUUGUAUCAAUAAAGGGCAUAAAGUUGAGCAAUAAUUUUGUACCUUCAACACUAUCAUCAUUCCCAUCUGAUUCGAUAAUUUUGUGAGUUUUUUGUCGCACAAAGUUCUUAAAACACUCAUCUUUGAUCUGGUAUCAUUGAAACUACAGCAUUUAUAUCAAUUUUGAGGACUGAGGUCCGGUUUCUCAUAAACGAUCAUAUCUAGAAUUUUAAAGCUGAUUCCCUUGAUUCUUAAAAUCUAUUUCAGGGUCCUGCUCACUGUAACAAACCUGGUGAAUUGGUGAGCCUCUGUUCAUCGCUUUUCCUCAAUAACAUUUCGAACUGUAUUUGAACAUUGUAUUUGAAAUUAUUUCAUUUCUGUAAAAGGUACGGACAUGGUGUUAAUGAUAUUCACUAGCCUGCUGAUUUUAUUUAGUUCCAAAAAGCCAUCAUAAAUCUUAUUACAUAUAGUUUACAGGCAGCAAAAGUGCAGGAAACUCCUCGAAGCAAAAUAAAUUAAUCGCAAUCUUGCGCUAAAAAUUUCCUCAUCCCGUCAAAAGAUUUUAAAUAUGCAUUGAGCUGAAAAUUUUUUUUCUUUGCUAAAAAAUGUAUGAAUAUAUUAAAAAAAACCGUUUUAAUAGAAAAAUUUCCUCACAACACUUGUAAACUGGAGCUCUCAUGCUCGAUCAUUUUUGCAUGCCUUACAGACAUGUUCCUCUAAAUUUUCGAUCUGCUGAAGACUCAUUACCUUUGGAACUCCAAAAAUUAGAGGAGACAAUAAAAAGCAUACCUACACUUUAGCUCGGAAAUAAUAGCAUUCACUAAAUAAUUUAUUACAUCACAUUUUACUUUUCGCAGAUUGCAAUUGUGUCGUUUUUAGCUAUUUCUCCUGUUGUUUGGAUGAUUUUCAAGAGGUAUGAUUGCAUCUUAAGAAUGAAUGCCAGUCAGUCUAUGAUCGUUUCAUUGAAUGAUGAAAGUUAAAAUUUCAAGUUUAAGGGAUGCUAUUCAAGUCACCAGCACCCCUCGAAGCUUGGUGCCUCCGGCAGUAUGCCAUGUAAAGUACCUUCAAUGUUGAGACAAUUGUUGGAGUGAUUGAUAAGACACUGAUUCAUGUAAGUCAUUGAAAGAAAGACUUUUUUAUUCUUAAGGUUCUAUAUUUAAAAGCGUUUCUCCAUUACCUCUGUCCCGUUUUCAUUUUCAAACUUUUCAAUCCAAAUAGAAAAAAAGUUUGAGUUGAGCAUUUGCUUGAAAACAGUUGAAUUUUGCCAAGAUAAUAACAUUUUCUCCCCCACCUAGUUAUUCUAUUUUAAGCUCUUGUUUUUUUUUUUUCUGAAUUAUUUCUGAAAAAAUAAUGUUACCAUGAUUACACAUAGUAAGUAAUCCUCUUUGUGUAAGUAUGUAACUUGUGCAUUUUUAAUCUUUUUAAGUGAUAUUUUAUGGGAAUUUUGUAUGAAAGAGAAGUAUUUUUUAUAAAAGUAAUUGUUCCGGCUCAAAAAUAAAUCUAUGUUUUAUUUUUUGUUUUCAACUGA